GUUGGACAGUACCAGUGAUGCCAAGAGUUGCUCCUUCGUCCAGUACUCACUGACAAUUUUUUACCUAUUGAUAUACAGGAAUUGUCAGUUUUCAUCUGAUGCCUGAUUAGUUGCAACUUGGCAAUGAUUCAUCACUCGAAGCGAGUGGGGAUGAUGUGGUUUAUAUAAGAAUGUACGAUGUGCCAUUUUCUAUUGAAGUCGCAGAUCAUUUUGAAAACGAAGUGUUCAACUAACCGUCAACAUUACCAUUCAGGAUGAUCGCCGAAGUGGAGAUCAAUGUUCUCAAUGAACUGCCGAAACUCACCAUGAAAAAUGGAAUAAUUAAAGCAGAAACAUUUCCCUACAGACAAGACGAGAAUAAUAUUGGUAAAAUUUUGCUCAUGGGGAUGAGGAAAAAUCCCAAGCUGAUAAAUCAGUCGACACGUAGUUGGAAUGAUAUUCCCAGUGAAGGAUGUUCGUGUACACAGGUAGAUGCAGAAACGGGAAAGGAGGAUACAUUUGGUGAGAUAGCAGAUAGGACAGUGAAAUGUGCUCUCUGGCUACUGAGUCAAGGUGUUAAACCCGGUGAUGUGGUUGCAAUAUGCACGCAUAAUCAUAUUGAUAGUGUAAUUCCGGUUGUGGCAUGUUUAUGCAUUGGUGCUAUCUUCAAUCCAUGGUGGGAUCACGGCUUGAACCGAGAUAUUGCCAAACAUUUCAUGUCUCUGACAACUCCAAAGGUUCUCUUCAUCGAUGAGGGCUACACACCCCUAAUAUCCGAUGUAGCGGACGAUCUAAAAAUCCCCUUGAAAAUAGUCGUAUUCGGCGGUAGCUCAAAAUUCGAAAGCUUUCACGACAUCAUUCGAAAAUGUAAGCCUUCAGAUGUUGAGAGUUUUCAGUGCACUCAGCUCUCUAGUAUGAACGAACCAGCCUACAUAGAGUACACCUCCGGCUCAACUGGCCUGCCAAAAGGUGCCCUUCAUUCUCACAAAUCUCUCGCUGGAAAUGUGAUGAAUGCUGGUACAUUUGGUGGUUAUCACAAUGUUAUUCUCUGCUACUCAAACUUGUGCUGGAUCACUGGCGUUCUCUGUACACUAUCCGCCAUUGCUCAUUAUCAAAGAAGAAUUAUUGCCAAAGCCUUCACACCCGAGAAUUUGUGCGAACUCGUGGAGAAAUAUAAGAUAACGUGGAUAUUGACUGGCACAAGUGCGGCAAAUAGACUCCUAAAGUCGGGAGUCCUCUCGAAGUACAAUCUCUCCUCCCUAAAAUCAGUCUGGAUCGGUGGUGCUGUAUUCAAACAAGACGCCCAAGAUGCUCUUCAAGCAGCACUUCCGGGCGUGUGCAUCAUACAACUCUACGGUACCACGGAAACGGGAGGAGUUUCCAUACAUCAAACGAGAAUAGCUAAACCAAAUUCAGUUGGCACACUCGCCAGGUGGUUUGAAAUGAAAGUUAUCGAUCCUGAGAGUGGAAGGGUAUUGGGUGCAAACGAGAAGGGAGAGCUGUGUGUUAAAUCGCCUUUUAUGAUGACUGGAUACUACAAGAAUCCAGAGAAGACGAGAGAAAUCAUUAAAGCUGACGGCUGGUUGCACACCGGUGAUCAAGCUUAUUAUGACAACGAUGGGGCUGUGUAUGUCGUAGACAGACUGAAGGAACUGAUUAAAUGGAGGGGACACCAUGUGCCACCAUCGGUUAUCGAGCAGCUCAUCAUGACGUAUCCUGGAGUAACUGAGGUCGGUGUUGUCGGUGUGCCUGACUGGGAGGAUGACGAGAGACCGAUCGCUUUCGUCGCAAUAUCACCGCAAGCAAAAGUAACGGAAAUCGAUAUUAAAAAAAUGGUCGAGGAUCAUUUACCAGAGCAGAUGUGGUUGCGAGCGGGUGUACAAAUUCUAGAGCAAAUGCCUCACACAGCAUCUGGGAAAAUAGCGCGAACGGAAUUAAAGGAGAUGUCCAAGGAAUUCAUUCGUGACUCGAAUUAUUUCUUCAUGCACUGCCGGAGAAAUUUAUUUCAGAGAAAGGAAACCGCCUCUCCCGUAUUAUACAAAUUAAAAAUUGAAAAAUUGUCUUAUUCUGGCCUUGUUUGCAUUUUCCCCCAGGCAGAAACGUAUAAUCGUGUAAAAAUUAUGAACAACUCAUCAGUCUUCAAGAAGAACUGCAACUGUGUUAUCACGACGAAACUAAUUGCGCAAAUGAAGAAACAGAAUUCUUCUGUUCCCAUCAACAAAGAUGGCGUUUGGGUUGGCCCUAAGAUCGCCCUAGCGCCCGAUUAUUUCCAAAUUGGUGAGACAUUGUAUGGGGAACUUGAAAAAUAUCCGAAAUUCAUCGGACAGAUUGAUGCAACAACGCUGGAAGAGGACACAUACAGUGCGAUGCUGGACAGGAGUAUUCGAUGUGCAAUAUGGUUGAAAAAACAAGGAGUUGAACCUGGAGAUGUCAUUGGCUACUGCUCGAAAAACAAUCUCGAUUCUUUUGCUCCAGUCUGCGCUUCGUUCUACAUCACUGCUGUUUUCAAUCCCUGGUGGGACAAUUGUUUGGACAAAGAUAUCAUCAGACAUUUCCUUGAGCUGACAAAGCCCAAAGUCAUUUUUGCUGACGAAGUAUCAGCGAAAAUGAUCUUGGAGUCCACAGAUGACACGAAAAGUCGACCAAAAAUUGUUGUUUUUGGUGAAUGUCAGGGUUUGGAAAGUUUCAAAGAUGUCAUAGCAACGAUUAACUCCGAGGAUGUAAUCAAUUUUCAAUGUACAAAGUUCACAUCACCAUAUAAUCCAGCAGUGAUUAUGUACACAUCAGGAACGACAGGGAAACCAAAGGGUGCACUAUACUCAAACGGAUCGUUCACACAUAUGUUGGGUAUUUUCCCCCAUUACGAGGGAAAAAAAGUCGGCCUCUGGUUCGCUACCCUCUGCUGGAUAAGCGGAAUAGGGGCUCUAACGAGAUCCCUUAUCCUGAAAUCCACGUCCAUCAUCCAUAAUUGCGGAAGUGAAGUAGAAGCUUGCAGAAUAAUAGAGAAUUUCGGGGUGACAUGGCUGACAAUUGGUACAGCCCUGGCAAAUCGUCUCUACAAAACUGAUGCCGUGUGGACAUAUGAUAUGUCAACUGUUGAUCGAGUAACACUUGGUGGUGGUGUCCUAAAAUCCGAGGUUGCGGUCUUCUUGAAGACGCUGUUCUCAAAGGCCUCGAUUUUGUCGGUUUAUGGGUCUACUGAAUUGGGAGCUAGCACUGCCGGAUUCAUAACCGAUGGAAAGACAACAACAAGUGGAAAAGUCAACUCGAAUUAUGAGAUUAAAGUAGUCGAUCUGGAAACCAAUGAAAUACUCGGACCGUACCAGGAAGGAGAGCUCUAUGUGAGAGGCCCCUCUCGGAUGCUUUGUUAUUGGAAUAAUCCAGGGAGUACGGCAGAAGCUAUCGAUUCCGAAGGCUGGUACCACACGGGGGACGUAGGCCAUUACGAUGAAGAUGGUGAUUUCUAUAUCACAGAGCGGAUCAAGGAGCUCAUAAAAUAUAGGCUCUAUCAUGUGCCACCGGCAGCCAUCGAGAGUAUUAUACAGGAGCAUCCAGAGAUAGCUGAAGUUGGUGUGGUUGGUAAACCUGAUAAUAAUGACCUGGAACAGCCUAUGGCUUUUGUCAUCAAACGACCCGAUGCCGAGGUAACGGAAACCGAUAUUAUAGACCUGGUGGCAGAUAAAUUGCAUGAUUGGAUGAAGCUGCGGGGUGGAGUUUGUUUUUUGGAAGAAAUGCCUCACACAGCUUCAGGAAAAAUUGCUAAGAGACAACUUCGUGCAUUAGCCAGAGCUAUGCCGUGAUACAGAUAGAAAAAUUAUUAUUUUUUCCUUAGUAAUAAUUAUAAGUAGUGAAUACGUUAAUGAAGUUGUUUAGGACUUAAGAAAACAAAUUAUUUGUUUUAUCAAUACACAUUUGCUUCUGUGCACCGGACAAAUCACAAAAUUUGAAACGACAAAAGUUAAUAAAAAUAUUAUUGUAUAUAAUAUGA